CGACAUCGCCAGCGACGCGGUCCAGGCCGCCAUGCGACGCGUCGACCGCAAAAACUUCGUCUUGGAAGGAUCGAGCCCCUACCAGGACUCGCCGCAGACCAUCGGGUACGGCGCGACCAUCUCCGCGCCGCACAUGCACGCGUACGCGCUCUCCAUGCUCGAGGACCGGCUCAGGCCGGGCGCCAGGGUCCUGGACGUCGGAUCCGGCACCGGAUACCUCACCGCGCUCUUCGCCGAGUUCACCGUCGCGGCGUCCGAGGGAAACGACGAAGGUGUCGUGGUGGGCGUCGACCACAUCCCGGAACUCGUCGCCACCUCCGAGAAGAAUUUCGAGAGGGACGGGAAGGGUCACCUUCUCGCCGGCGGCAGGGUCCAGCUGAUCACCGGCGACGGGCGCCUCGGGUACCCGCCGCGGGCGCCGUACGACGCGAUACACGUGGGCGCCGCCGCGCCGUUCGUGCCCCCCGCGCUGGUCGAGCAGCUCGCGCGGGGGGGUCGACUGGUCGUGCCGGUGGGGCCGGAAGGGGGAUCGCAGGAGCUCAGGGUGAUCGAUAAGGGCGCGGACGGGCGCGUGACGGAGAGGACGGCGAUGGGGGUGAUAUACGUGCCGCUGACGGACGCGGAGCAUCAGCUGAAGAACAGGUAACGCCGCCAAGACGCGCGCGAGGGCUUCCAGCUGUGGUGUUCACACGUAUCAGAAAAUGACCGGGCAAACUGAAGAAAAAUCCUUAGGCACGAAGAGGAAAUCCCACGGC